AUGGACUGCACGACCCCCCGACCGCGGGGAGACGACGCGCGGCCGGCCCCAGCCUUGGCCGGCCGCCGCGCGCCCCACGCGGCAGAAGGGACGCGUCGAGGGAGACCCCCGCGCUUCCGCCGCCCUGCCCCCUGCGGGCCUCCGGAGUUUCCCUCCAGUCGGCCGGCACGCCCGAGGGGGCCUCGUACGGCGGACGGGCCCGCGCCCGGAGUGGUCCGAGGGGGCCGCCAGCGGCAAGGGGCAGCCAGCGGAGCGCCUCGCCCGGCCGAGAAGGGAGAGAGGGUGGCGGCGCCGCCGCCGCGCGUCGGCCGAAGCCUUCCCCCCUGCCCGGCGCCCGUCUGCCCGGUGACGGGACGCCCGCCAGAGGAGGAAGACCCGGCGGCGACGCGAGCCACGGCGCAUCCCUCUUCCCGCUCGCCGGCCGAGACGGCCGCCGCUGCCUGCCUGCCUGCCUGCCGGGCGGCCCCCGGCCGGCCACCCGCGCGCGCGCCCGGAGGGGCUCCCAGCGCGUCGACGGGCGGACACCGCCGCCGGCCGGAGGGGUCGCCCGCGCCCUGCCCUCCGCGGAAGAGAGGGAGGGCGGCGGGCCACCGUCCCCGACCGCCGACGGGCCGCGCCGCUCGGGGGCGGCGGCGGGCGGCACGCGCCGCCUCGCUCCGACCGCCCGGUGGGUGGGGGCGCCGCCGCGGCACCCCGCUCGAUCGCUCGCCGGCCCGCCGCCCGCCCUUCCCGCCCGCGCGGGUUAGGGCCGGGCGUGGGUCCGCCGCGCGUACCCCGGCGCCCUCGCGCCCGGCGGCGUCCCGCGUCGGCGGCCUGGGCUCGCUGGUGGGAUCGGCACGGCACGGCGGGUCGGAGCCUCGCCUGGGCGCGACCGCCCGGGCCCUCGCGCUCGCGGCCUCGGCCUGCGCUGCCUCCUCCUUCGCAUAUGCUACUGGCAGGAUCAACCAGGUAGCCGCCCUGGACCCUCGCUCGCUCGUGGGGGGGACGGGUCUCGGUGGUCGGCGUCGCCACGCCGCGUCCCGGGGCCGGCCCCUCGGCCGGGACCCCGCGGGCGGGCGGGCGGGCUUACGGGAGCGGAGCCGCCCCGGCUCCCCGGGCGGGGAGCGGCCAAGGGGGGCCCGCGACACAACGACAACAACUGGGACAACGCAGCCGGGGGAGCGAGAGAAGGAUGCACUCGCGGAGACGAGCGGGCGCCGGGAGGACGCGGGCGCUGAGGGGACAGCGGGCGCACGGCGGCCGCGCCAUCGUCUCCGGCUCGGCGGGCCCCUGGACCCCACCCCGACGCCGGGCGGCGGCGGGCGAGGGGAAGCUGUCGGCGCGGCACGGCCGCGGAAAGACGGGGCGAGGGAUGUGGCGGAGGCGGCGCCGCCUGGGAGCGGGCACCGCGCCUGGAUCGGGUCGCUAAGCGAGGGCGACGCAACGCCGGACGGGCGCGGGGAAGGGGAGGCUUCCGCUCCGCCUGAACGCCAGUCUCCGGCCGGCCCGCGGAGGGCCCUCCCCGACGCGACCAUCGCUGCCCGGGUGGCGACGUGGGCCCUCUCCCCACUACCGAACGCGGGGUCCGCCCCACCGCGGGGCAGUCCCCACCCUCACUCCCGCGAGAAGCUGGGAAACGCUGCCGCGGCCACGGGAGCACAGGGGCCGCUCGAGGGUCCCAGGUCCUGGAGCCGGGAUCGCAGCCCGCCGCCAGCCGCUCUCCCACCUCGCCGCCCCUCUCCCGGCAGAGACCCGAAGGCCAGUGGCACGGGAUCGGAGAAGGAGGCCGCUCGCCGCUGCUCCGAGGGAACCGCGUCGGACGCCGCGCCUGCCCCGCGCCGUGGGUCUACACUGGCCGUGGAGCGCGGUUGGGUCGUCUUCGGUUCCCCCCGGAAGAACCGCGUCGGACGCCGCGCCUGCCCCUGCCGUGGGUCUACACUGGCCGUGGAGCGCGGUUGGGUCGUCUUCGGUUCAACCAGAAAGGGUCCUGAAAACCCUGUCGCCAGAAAUCUCCGCGCGCAUGCCGUCCUUGCCCGGCGAGAGCCCACGGCGUCUCGGGCACCGGCGCCGGCGCCGCGGCAGGCCGACGUCUCGGAAGCCCCUGGCGGCCAGACGCGGCAGACUCGCUCCGGCAAGAGGCUCCGCGGCUCCCCGGUCGUGCCGGUCUACCCAUGCGCGGCGUCUCGGGCCCCGGCGCCAGCGCCGCGCCAGGCCGGCGUCUCGGAAGCCCCUGGCGGCCAGACGCGGCAGACUCGCUCCGGCAAGAGGCUCCGCGGCUUCCCGGUCGUGCCGGUCUACCCGUGCGCCGGGGCGGCGGUAGACCGUUCCCGGCGCCCGGCCUCUGCUUCUCGGCGACGGGCGGAGGGAGGGGGAAGAGAGGUUGCCGGUGGCCCCGGUCUACCGGCCGGCAAGCGGGGUUGGCUCGGCCGGUCUUCCCGGCGGCGGAAAGGGCGGAAGCGCCGGCCGUUUUCCUGGGGGGCGGCCGGGUCUAGCUCCCCGCCGGAGGGGCCGGCAGCGCGGCCCGUUCUUCCUGCGGCUGGGGCUUUGCGGUCCUCCCCGGUCUACCCGCCGGAGGCCUGCCGACCGCCCGGUCUACUUGCCAGGGCCACGGUCUUCCCGGCGGAAAGGGCGGGCGGGCGGGCGGGCCUGCGAACGCUGUCGUCCCCCCCCCUGGCCUUGCCGGGCCCCCUUCCGAGAACGGGGUGCCUCCCGGUCUACCCAGCCAAGGCCCAGUCUGCUUCUCGCGUCCACGGUCCCCCGGGUCUCCCGGCCUUGGGCACCCCUCCAGUCGGCCGGCCGGCCGGCCGGCCGGGGAAGCUGGGCCUUGUCGGCCCCCUUCCGAGAACGGAGUGCCUCCCGGUCUACCCAGCCAAGGCCCAGUCUGCUUCUCGCGUCCACGGUCACCCCGGUCUCCCAUCCCUGGGCUUCCACUCCAGUCGGCCGGCCGGGGAGGCUGCGUCUUGCCGGUCUACCUCCGAGGAAGGGAGACUUCCCGGUCGGCCCGACGGAGGCCCGGUGGGCUCCUCGCGUCCACGCUCACGCCUGCCUGCCUGCCUGCCUGCCUGCCUGCCGGACUGGGGCUUCCAGCUCUACCUCGAGGACAGACGGCUUCCCGUUCUCCCCUGCUUGGGGCUGGGAAGCGCCGGUCCACCUGACGGCCGGACUGGAACAGCUGCCCGGUCUCCUAGCCGGGCCGGCGAGACUGGGGCUUGCCGGUCUACCUCCGAGAACGGGAGGCGGAUGGAGGCGAGGCGAGAGCGGUUGGCGGAGGGUGCGAAGGCCGUAGAAGGGCAGGCUUCCGAGCGUCUGUGUGGGUCCGGCCCCUGCCCGAUCCAGGGGCGAGGUUGCCGGUGGCCCCGGUCUACCGGCCGGCAAGCGGGGGUGGGUGGGCCGGUCUUCCCGGCGGAAGGAGGGGAAGCGCUGGACGUUUUCCUGGGGGGCGGCCGGGUCUAG